AUGGAGGUGGUUGAUUCACCUCACUUAUCAGUCAAUCAAAGUAUCGGCAAGGUGAGUGAAUGGGAAAAGUUGGACUUAUUCGGCAAUCGGAAAAGUGUCAAGUCGAAUGAUAUAGCGAAUUUGAAGCUUGCUGUUGGUAAGAGGAGCGAAUACUUGAAGAUGCCAGAAGAUACUUGUCUUAUGUUUGGAAAAGACUACUAG